AUGAACAUGAGCGCCAGCUCCAACCGCCACUCAGCCAGCAUUGGACCCGGCGCCGCCAGCCACGGGGCGCGCCGACUCCUCAUCUUCCAGGAGACGCGUCCCGCCAACGCGACGGAACAAGUCUAUGUCCCCGUCAACAAGCUCGGACUGCCCAUUUGCGGCGAUGGGCCGGAGCUGCCUUCGAUUCUGGAAUUGCCACUGCGCGUCUUGAGGGUGUUUACUGAUAUUUUCAAUCAGCCGAAGUAUAAGGGGUGGUAUGUCCAUGGACUGGUUGCUUCCAAGGUUUUUCCUUUACUGAUGUACUUUGCCAGGGCUGUGUUGUCUGCUGGACCGUAUUAUGAUACGGGUGAGGAGGGCAAGUUCUAUGCUGUGGUGUUGGAGCAGACGAGUGUUUCUUCUCCAGAGAUUCAUAUGGGGACUCCUUGA